GACAAAAACCGGCUGAAAAUCAUAUAAAAGCGAAAACCGCUACCAACAAACCAGUAUCAACUCAUUCAUCUCAGUAUUCACUUCAACAUGAAUACCUACAAAGGGCUUUGUGUGCUUGCCCUAGUGGCCUUAGUCGGAGUUUCGUUAACUCAAGCUCGUGAAAUAUCGAGAGACAAACGCGAAGUUAGUGACUUGGAAGCCGCUGCAUCUGGACACCACUGGAAAAAGGGAGGCGGCCACGAACAUCAUGCUGACCACCACAGCAGCCACGGUGAGAAGGGUGACAAGGGUUACAAAGGACACCACCACCACGAGAAGGGAGAAAAAGGCCACCACGACAAAGAAGGUCACAAAAAGCACUUCGAAGAACACGGAGGUCACAAGAAGAAGCACCACCACGAUGAUGGCUACCACGCUGAGCACCACAAGGGAGAGAAAGGAGAGAAAGGUCAUAAAUUCGGAGAGAAAGGAUCAUACAAGAAGGGGCACAGCACCAAGGGAGGACACGAUGUACACAAACUCGACGAAUACAAGAAGGAAAAACACUUCUUCGAUGAAGACCACGACUCCGGUCACCACGAGAAACACGGAGGAUACCACCACGAAGAUGGAUACAAAAAGGGAGGCCACAAGAAGGGAGGACACAAGAAAGGAGGACACCACGAAGACCACUACGGAAAGAAAGGCCAUCACGAGAAAGGUGACCACUACCAUGAGGAAGCAGGACACAAGAAAGCUGCCGGACACGAUGACCACUAUCACCACGACUCCAAAUACGGAAAGAAAGGCGGACACGAAGACCACAAGAAAUGGGGCUACAAGAAGGGUGGACAUUAAGGUCAUCGAACAAAAUGUGAUUCGACUAAAUUCUGUUAGUUUUAAUUAUGUUCUCUCUAUUGUUAUUGUUGCUUCGUUCUAUAUCAAUAAAAAGUGGUGAAAUAUUA